UAAAAGACUAGUCGUAUAGAGGAAUGUUACUAACCAAAUGCGGAAUAACGGCAAGUAGCAAAGUAGUACCCGUCACAUUGUUACACUAUGCCCUGUCGUAUACUGCGCGCCAAAGAAAUUGCAAUACCCAGUAUAUGCUUAGCCAGAAAACAUUUUUGUCCCAGACCAGAUUUUUUAAACUUCGCAAAAAAAUAAACGUCUUUGGAAAUUGAAAAUUUCGUUUAGCACAAGUGAAAAGUACGUUGGUAAGAGAGGUAGCACAGUGCGCUUGAUCGCGAAAAACCACUCCUAAGGCUUUAGAGAUCGUUUCAGUAUAACCAGCGUAAUCGUACUUGAGUGGGGUUCAGCUUUCCAUCAGAUCGGUUUAUUGGAGGACUAAAGCUAUUAGGCUACACUCAAACCUUCCUCAUUUGGCUUUGACAUAAACAACCAUGUCUGGCAUGGUAUCGAGGACGACCUCCCUGGAAUCAGGAGAGUGAUCGAGUCGUUUUUAAUGACGUGUUGCGGUUUUCUGCGGACAAAGGCCAACUUUAUUUUUGCAUGGAGGGUGGGACUGUGCUUACAAGACUUAUGGUUUGAGGUGCCACAAGGCUAUUAAGCAAAUCACCUCUACUUUUUGGACCGAAGCGUGAAUCUUACAUUAAUAACGUAACCAUCAGCAAUCGCAGAUCAAAUUUUUACCAAGGCAUUGCAGUUACUAGCAACUUCGUUCGACAAGCUUCAAGGUGAUUUAUCCCCCAUUAAACAUUUAUCGGAUGUGACACCUUGGAAGGCUGAAUCGGUUGCGGCAUCUUAUACUGGAUUAUGUUUAACGUCUACGUUAAACAUAAUCGACUUCGUGUUACAACUUACGUAGACGGGCAACUCAGUCUUAAAUCUUCUGCUUUCAUGUGCGGGUGUUGUUCGAGGGCGUACAAGCAUGCGCACAACCUUCGUCGUCACGAGUGCGGGAAACUGGUGCAGUUCAAGUGCGACUUCUGCGACAAGGCGUACCCGCAUAAACUAGAGCUCGAACAUCACUACUUCGCCAGUCACACCGACGUCAUGGAACCUUUCUUCCCCUGAAGCUUUUCGUGCUUGAUGUUUUGUAUUAAUUGUGGCUUUCAAUAUACUUCCGCCUCUGUCA